UGUACAUUCCCCAACAGUGCAACAUUAUUAGCAGUACGAUUUCGAACUCGCUCGGCGUAAGACAUUGACUGCUCCCGUAGACGCGGUCGUACACUAAGUGCCAAGUUGCCACAAAACGUUAACGUCAGCAUUAUAACUAGUGUGUCUUUUUUUGCCUGACGGUCCAACUGCGUAUUUCGCAUAAGCUAAUAAAUAGGUUCUCGGCGGUGCUGCAACGCACGCACGUCAUCAUUAUCAUUUAACAAAUAACAUCAAAUCGCAACGUUUGCUCGGUUGUCGUAGUCGUAGCCGUAGUAUUUGUGGUCGCCAUCGUCGUCUUCGUCAUUUUCGUCGCCAACGCAGUCAAGUGUGUUGUUUCUCCACCACCUUCAUUAUAUCGACGACUUGAAAAGCUAUUGGGGAAAAGUGAAAAAGCAAAGGAAAACUUUGCGAACAAAUUACAAUUAGAAAAAAAUUCAAAGGUGUACCCAAAGUGGGCGCGUGCAAAUAGACGCGAAAGAAAAACAUACGGGGCGUAGUACGUGCAAACUAAAUAAGGUAGUGAAAGAAAUUAUUCAUUACGAAGAAAACGAAAAGUUUACUUUAGAAAAAAGAUAACAAAACUAAAAAAAAAAAACAUACAGCUAUUAUAUAGCCAGUUAGCCAGUGGUUAGUAACCAGGCAAACGGUACAGAAGGUGCACGAGUACGAUAAAAAAGAAGAAAAAUUUUGCUAAUUUAAUAGCCACCCAAAAACGAAGCGAAGCCAGCACACAUUUGAUGAUGAAAUAUUGAGGAAUCAAAAAAAAAAAAAAAAGAAAUAAAAUAAUUUCAAAUUCGCAACAGCCAACCAACAAUAAACGCCACACAGCGCAAAACGAAAGAACGCGAACAUACUCAAACGAAUUUAUUGCAAAAGCGGCACAAUUUCACGAUUUCGCGAAAAUUGUGUGUGCAAUAAAAUUAAGUUUGUAGAAAAGAAAGGCAAAAAAAAAAUAGACCUUAAUUGAAUAAAAUAAACAAACCAAUUAAAUAAAAUUAAAAAUUUAAUAGCUGUCAAGCGGCAGAAGAAGAGAAUAUCGAGAAGUAAAAGGCUGCAGCAAAAUUAUUUGCGAUUUCAGUGGACAGCUGGCACAUUCCAAUACAAACGUACAUACAUAUAAACGCGUACACGGUAUCUACUUAUUAGUGUACUACUUACACUUGAAAGCGAAAAUUUCAAGGCGAAAAUCUAAGUGCGCUCGUCGCAAAUAGAAACUAAUUCGCACAUUUUUGCUUUUACUUCUGUGUGUGAAUCAGAGUGUUUGUGUGCGUUGUUUACGAUCUCUGCGAGUAAUUGAAAAAAAAAACAACUAAAAACCAAAAAACUAAAAAAAACGAAAUUCUCGUUUUACUAAAAAUAUAACUCUAACCCAAAAACAGCACCAAAAGUUGUGUGUGUGUGUGUGGAACGUGUAGAGUGUAUCAAUCCGGAGUAAUCUUACGGCAAUUUGUGCAGAUUCCUGCGAUUAUUUGGAAUACGAUGAAUACGAAAUAAUAUCGGGGGCGAUACAAAUUCGAUAACUGUACCAAUUUCAAUGUUAAAGCAAUAAAUACGACGAUCACGAAAUGAUAUGGAUGGGGAUAACUAAACAAUUUCGAUAGCGAUAAGAAUGUUUGGAUUUGGAUUUGACUAAAUAAUUAAUUGAUGAGAUCGCUGCCCGUAACAAUAUCGAGGAUAAUUCAAAAAAUAAUUCUAUCGACAAUGAAAGUAAAAAAAUGCGGGACCCUAGACGCACACUCCGAAUCGUCAUAUCAUUACCAACAGCGUUCCAACAGAAUGGAUGUAUAUCAAAUUGAUGACGGUUUCCACUCCGACGGUGGCACCGAAACCCCACCACCAUCACCCAGUUCGGGCUCAUCCAUAGCAUCGGCUUCCGAUCACGGUUCAUUGGAGAGUGUCGAUACUGGCGCUACUCAACGUUUGGCUGUGCUUUCAUUCGAACAGGUGCGCAAAUUGCACGAUGUCAUGGAUGAAAAAGUUGCCAUACAUGGACGUGGUAAUUUUCCCACACUCGAAGUGCCCCUAAAAGACUUGGUCAAUAUGGUCAGACGCAAGCUGGAAGCGGAUGUGAGUGCGGGCGGCGCUGGUGUGAUAGUCAAGGAUGUGCGCUUGAAUGGCGGCGCAGCUAGUCAUGUUUUAGCUUCCGAGGAUCAGCCAUACAAUGACUUGGACUUGAUCUAUGCCAUUGAAUUGACUUCGUCGCGGCACUUCGAUCGUGUCAAGUCCGCUGUGCUGAGCACUUUGUUGGACCUCUUGCCCGAGGGUGUGUGCAAGCGUCGCAUUAUGCCAUGCGCUCUCAAGGAGGCCUACGUCGGCAAGAUGGUUAAGGUCAACAAUAACAAUGAUGGUGACCGUUGGUCACUUAUAUCGCUGGGCAAUUCGCCCGGUCAUAAGAAUGUCGAACUGAAAUUUGUCGACACGAUGCGACGCCAGUUCGAGUUCUCAGUGGAUUCGUUUCAAAUUGUCUUGGACUCGCUGCUACUUUUCUACGACUGCGCCGCUCUACCCAUAUCGGAGAACUUCUAUCCGACUGUGGUCGGUGAGUCGGUGUACGGUGACUUCCAGGAGGCGCUCUAUCACUUGCAAAAGAAAUUGAUCUCAACACGACAGCCAGAGGAGAUACGCGGCGGCGGUUUGCUCAAGUACUGUAACUUAUUGGUGCGCAACUAUAAGCCAGUCGAUCCGCAACACAUCAAGACUCUGGAACGUUACAUGUGCUCACGGUUCUUCAUCGAUUUCCCUGACAUUAAUACGCAAACUAAGAAGCUGGAGGCGUACUUGUCCAAUCACUUCUGGGGCGUCGAUGAGGAGCCACUUCAAUACCAGUACCUGAUGCAUUUACGUGAGGUCGUCGAAAUGUCUACGGUGUGCCUGAUGGGCCACGAGCGGCGGCAGACCCUAAUGCUGAUACAGUCGCUGGCCGCGCAGGUGCUCUACAAGGAGCAACAGAAGCAGCAGCAGGCGCAGGAACAGUACCAUCAGCAACAGCAGCAGCACCUCCACCAACAACAGCAGCCAGUCGAUGUGCAGAAAGCACAAACACAACAACAACAACAACAGCAGCAGCAGCAGCAACAACUUCAGCAGCCACACCAACAAGUAACGCUGGUCACAACACAACACCAACAACAACAGCAAAUGCAAGCGCCGCAAACACAGACCAUCUACGUGCAACAGGCGACCGCUGCGGCGCCACAGGCCACAACAGCGACACUGUGCUGUACACCAGCCGGCGCCGAGCAGCAGCAGCAACAACAGCAACUGCAAGUGCAACAAGCGCAGCAGGUGCAGGCGAUACAGACACACGCUGCGGUGGCACAGCCGACGGCCACCAUACUGGUCUACAAUGGCGUCUAUUACGCACCUGUGAUUCCGACUAUUUGCACAUGCAACCAGACGUGGUUGAGCACGUGAUUGGCGAGUGAGCCAGCAGCGGCGACAGCAGCUACAAACACGACAACAACCACAUCAACAACAACAACAACAAUAGCAGCAG